UUUUACUUUCCGCGUGGUCCGCGCGGACGAAGAAUCGCGAGCGCCGUCGCGCCUUGCCACAGCACAGAACGGCGCGUCGCAGCACCGUACGUCACCACCCCUGGUUUGGUUCUGUUGAUCCUGCAGGAGGCGAUGGCUAGGCAUUCCUGCUACCUAGGCGUGUGCACGAGUGACGCAUGCAUGGAGCCACAUCAGUGGAAGAGGAGGAGGAGGAGGCGAGCGAACGGAUGGAGAGGUUGCUGCAAUAGAAUGUUGCUGGUGCAGCAGCAUCUCCGCCGUUGCAGGGCAAGCCUAGCGAAGCGAGAUGAGAUCGGGCGGCGGCAAUGGCGGCGUCGUCGUCGUCGCGCAAUAACGGAGUAAAUGUUGAAGGCGCGCGACGGGCGUCCUUUCGUCCAUCGGGGUCGGGUUGCCGGGGAAAAAAAUUAAACGAAACGGCGACGUCGCGAUUCAAACUCGCAGCUCAGCUCUCGCGGUUUCGAAAAGAGAGUCGACGGUCACCCCGACCAACCCCGAACGCUGCCGAUGCCGCGCCACUCUGCGGGCCAGAUUGCUGACAUGGCGUCUUGAACAGUGUUGUGGUGUAAAAUUCGUCCUGUUUUCGGGGAUACAACCCUCCUCCGGUCUCUUUCUCAAGUGACAUUGUGCUGCAGUGUCCCUAAUUGAGGAUUUCAUUACAAAUGAGCAUAAACCAACGUUUACAGUCACAAAAUCAGCAGCCGGAUAUUGCGGCACCCGCACCAAGCAACAUGUCUUGCCAACGAUUCUGUCUCCGAUGGAACAACCAUCAAUCCAAUUUGCUAUCAGUAUUUGACCAGUUGCUGCACGACGAGAGUUUCGUGGACGUGACGUUGGCCGUCGAGGGUCAAUUACUGAAAGCCCAUAAAAUGGUUUUGUCCGCCUGCAGUCCGUACUUCCAAGCCUUAUUUGUGAAUCAUCCGGAUAAGCAUCCCAUAGUUAUAUUAAAAGACGUCCCGUACAGUGAUAUGCGGUGUCUUCUGGAUUUUAUGUACAGAGGUGAAGUGUCUGUGGAUCAAGAUAGGCUUACGGCGUUCCUCCGAGUUGCCGAGAGUCUUCGCAUCAAAGGACUCACAGAGGUCAACGAGGAAAAAUGCGAUUCCAUCACAUCGUCUCUGGCCCAAAAUCAAAAUUCCAAUCUGUACAAAUUGCAGCGGCUGCAACCGCCUCAGAAAUAUAAUACCUUGAAUAUGUUGGGACAUGCUUUGCUGCAACCGAAGAGGAAGCGAGGUAGGCCCAGGAAGUUGUCGGGCAGUUCGAACGGUACUCCCGGAGCAGAUGAUUUUGACAGGAGCGACAGCUUGGUGCAGGGUAGCCCGGAAAUGCUCGAAGUUAAAAUGGGAAUGGACGGAUUCACGGAAAACAACUCGGACUCUAGUAGCGGAAACAAGGAAAAGGACGAGGAGGAAGACAAAUCUAAUCAGGAAACCAGCGAACCGGUUGCAGGCACAUCCAAAGAAACAUUCAACAAUGCUGUGGUGGUUAAAAACGAAAAUGAUUUCCAAGCUUCCGAUGAUAAUAUAGACUUCUUAGAGAAUAACCAAAACCACUCAAAUCUUCCAGAAUUACCUGACAAUGUAACUUUAGACAUAGUGCCAAUAAAGUAUCAACAGGAAUCAGUAAUUAUAUCAACAGAAGCGGCCAGAAAUAUGCUAAUGGACUCGCAAGAGCAAGAAGAUGAAUUCGAUAAAAUGGAUCACGAAUCUGAAUCUCUAACUGGAAUACAUUUCCUCACGGAUGAUGAGAACGUAGUUUCUGAAACUUACGAAAGGAAAAAGAACGAACUUCUGGAAUACAUCAUGAGAGAUGACGGAAGUGUUGUCUGUAAAUUAUGUGGAGAACUGCUAGCUAGUCGUACGCAUUGGUACAGACACAAGUACAAAUUUCAUGUGAAUAAUCUAGUUAAUCCGGCCCCACUGUUCAAAUGCAAAUAUUGUAAUGUCUUCUUCAAGAGUCGAAAGGGUUACCUGGGACACAUCGCCUCAAGACACACAGAAGUGGAACCGCCUCAGGAAGAAAUUAAUAUAAGCAUUAAAGAAGAAAUCAUCGAAAGCGUCGAAUUACCGAAGAUCCCGAAGAAGAGAGAUUCGAAAACGACGGAUUGGGAGGAGCAAAGAGUGAAGGAGGAGAAAUUGGUGGCUGCAAUCAUAGCUCGAGUUCGGAAAGAAUGCGAAGCGCAGGGAUCUGCGGUCUCCAGACGCGGCUACAGCAGACGGAGUACAGUGAUGAUGAAUACAACGUAAUGUUUUCCAUUUUAUAAUGUAUUUACUUUGAUAGAAGACAUAUCGCAAUAAUGUCAUAAUUUAGUUCGCGGAGCGGCUCUUAAGUUUCGUAAAAAAAAAAUUGACCGUCGCAUUUGUCGGGCUACAAUUUGUGAUUAAAAGUUGCCAAAAAGAAAACACGUUUACCAAAGAAAAGAAAGACGUAUAGAAAGUAUAGUUUAUUGCUCAAUAGAUAGAUAUUUCCCCUUUUUUGCUCAGACUGGUUAAAAGUAUGUUGUAUAUAAUAA